CUUAUUAUUUUUGUGAUCUUUCCUAUUGAAUUAUUCGGCAAGCAAAACUUGGAGAAAAAGAUAGAAGGGAAAGGUUUAACUAGGGCUUUAUAUUCCCCUUUCUAUUUAAUAUUUAAACACAUAAACCCUCUUCCCUUUCUAUAAACAUUAAAACAACGAACUACGAGGAAAAUGAAUAGCAUAAUGUUGAGAAGAAGUAGUGCUUUUAUUAACAAGGGAGUCAUUAGAUCCCUCACUAAUUUCAGCCACUCCCGGUCUCCGUUGAUUCACAGCCAAUUACCCAAUCACAAUCUUCAACGCUCUCUCUCUCCGUUCACCACUGCUCUCCGUAGUUACCGCAGCGACGACGGCGAACCUAUCAGUUAUGAGAUUGAUCCGCCUGUGAACUGGGGAAUCCGAAUCGUGCCGGAGAGGAGAGCCUAUGUGAUUGAGCGAUUCGGGAAGUAUCUUAAAACUCUUCCAUCGGGUAUCCAUUUCUUAAUCCCAAUUGUGGAUAAAAUUGCUUAUGUUCAUUCCUUGAAAGAAGAAGCUAUUCACAUUUCUCAGCAGUCUGCUAUAACCAAGGAUAAUGUUAGUAUUACAAUAGAUGGUGUCCUCUAUGUCAAGAUUGUUGACCCGAAAUUGGCCUCUUAUGGCGUGGAGGAUCCAAUCUAUGCUGUGGUUCAGCUUGCACAGACCACCAUGCGUAGUGAGCUUGGGAAAAUUACCCUAGACAAGACCUUUGAGGAGAGAGACACUCUAAAUGAGAAGAUUGUGGCGGCCAUCAAUGUGGCUGCUACAGACUGGGGCCUCCAGUGCCUUCGAUAUGAAAUAAAGGAUAUUAUGCCGCCACCUGGGGUGCGAACAGCUAUGGCAAUGCAAGCAGAAGCAGAACGUAAAAAGAGAGCUCAAAUUUUGGAGUCUGAAGGAGAGAGACAAGCAAACAUUAACAUUGCUGAUGGUAAGAAGGCUGCUGUGAUUUUAGCAUCAGAAGGUGAGGCACAAGCUAUCCUUGCUAGAGCGCAAGCAACAGCCAAAGGGAUUGACAUGGUGUCACAUGCCCUUAAGGGAAAUGGGGGAAUAGAGGCUGCUAGUUUGAAAAUUGCUGAGCAAUAUGUACAAGCCUUUGGUAAUAUUGCCAAAAAGGGGACAACAAUGUUACUUCCUAGCGCUACUGACAAUCCCGCUAAUCUGAUGGCUCAAGCUCUAACUAUGUACAAAAGCAUGCUCAGCAAUGUUUCAAGUGAUAGUUCUCGGGAAUCUUCUUGCCCCGAGUUGAUAGAAAGAAUGAAGAACAGUGCUCCCUCUGGAGAAACUAAGGAUGACAGUACGACAGUUGCUAGUACAAAUAAUGCCAGUUCAUUUCCUGGACCACAAUUUUCACUUCAAAGACCUAGGAAAGAGGAUUAGGUUUUCUUGUGGAUCAUGAAAGGAUAUUAUAGUUGAUUGUACCUUACGCAUCCAGAAACUGACUAUUUUUGGUAUUAGGAUUUUGGUACUUGAAUUAAUAACUCAGCUUCUCCUUCUCUCCAAUUGCGAGAGAUGGAUUUGUUUUCAAAUGUAUACUUUAGAAAAGAUAGCCUGCAUUUGAGUGGGUUAAUCACAACUCUGAAUGAUGUGUUCUGAAAUUUCCAGAGUCCUUCAAAGAGAAGGAAAGCUGACAAAUAUAAUAGAAAUUGACAUUCAAUUGCUAUGCA